CCGGAUCGUGACACGCAGGCGCAUUGGGGUCACGAUCCUGAGACGGCCUGAGGCCUCGGGCUCGGGGCUGUGGGCAGUCCGUGAGGGGAGAGAGGGGCCGGGGCCGCGGCCGCGGCCGGGAUCGGGAUCGGCAGGGUUCUGGGAUGCCUCAAGGUAGCCGUUCUGAGUGACGCACUCUCUUUGCCUCUUUCCCUUCCCUCUCCUGACGUCCUGACCUGCAGUAUGACAUCCUUUGGCUGGAAGAGGAAAGUCGGGGAGAAGGUGUCCAAGGUGGCCUCCCAGACCUUUGAGGCGGCUGCGGAGGAGGACGGAGUGGUCGAUGCUGAUGUGGAUUGGUUGCACGUCACCAAGCGGCGGCGGGAGACGCUGUUGGAGGACUGUGCCGUGAAGAGCAAGAGGCUAAAGGAUGAGGGGGUCUUCUUGUCAGAGAAUGGCAGGCACUGGGAGGCGAUUGGUCGGUGGGAUGAAGCUAUUCAGCUGACACCGGACUGUGCUGCCCUCUACGAGAUGAAGGCGCAGGUGCUGAUGAUCCUCAACGAGGUCUUCCAGGCAGUGCAGGCAGCAGAGAUGGCCGUGCGCCUGGACCCCCAGUGGUGGGAAGCUUGGCAGACCCUGGGCCGGGCACAGCUGAGCCUCGGCGAGGUGGCCUUGGCGCUGAGGAGCUUCCAGCGGGCAGUGCACACGUUCCCGGCCGAGAGCUCGCUGUGGGAGGAGGACCUGGGCUGGGCGGUGGAGCUGCGGAGGAGGCAGCAGCAGCUGAGCCAGGCCAGCGAGCGGAGGCAGGCCCCUGCCGGCGACCUGCCUGACUACGACUUCGAGAGCGACGAGCUGGUGGAGGCGUGCGCCGCCAUAGCCGAGCGUGACAGGCAGCCGCUCCAGACCAGCAGCCCUGUCUUCGUGGCGGCUCCAGGGAGCGGGGCGGAGGCUAGCCUGCAGGCUCGCGCCUUCAUCCAGGCUCGGUAGUAGCAGCGGCGAGGAGCAGGGACCGGACACCCCGUCUGUUAGCAAUUGCUCAGGUGACGGGGCUCCAGGUGGUGAGGGACCCGACACCCUCGGAUACACGCCCAUGGAUCUGCUGUGACAGCCUGCUGCUUGAGGUCCACGUCCCUCCGACUGCCUUUGCUUUGGUGAUGGGAAAACACUGUUAGUGGACCCUUUGCUGGUCUGUUCAACUUGCCCCAUUCCCAGCAUCCGGUGUGAUCAGUCUCCAUCAGGCCGGCUGGGAAUUUCCGUCAAGGUCGGACGUAUUCAGACGGAGAGUGAAGCCCAGAAUUUGUUUUGCUGCUGUUUGUGGGGAGUGGCUUCCUCAGGGAGGCUGAAGCUCACAUGCAUUCUCCCAGGGACCUUGACCAGCAUAGAGCGAGAGUGGUGACCUGCAGCUCAUGCACAAUAAAGCACUGCAUUGGUGGACCUGGA